AUUUUGGAGUGAGAUUAACGCCUCUCGAUCGGUCUAUUCAUUUCAUAUUCUCCUGAGCCCCCAUCUUUGUUUGACCAUCCCUUCUCCCUCAAGCUGAUCUGAAGUCUUGCAGAGGAACUCGUUUGCGCGUUCUGGAAUCAGCUUUUUGAGGGGAAAAAUGCAGCGAGUAACUCUGAUUCAAAGAUUUUCUCGGACCUUCCGCGACAAUCCUUCGCUUUCUAAGCUUCUCAUCGUUUUCACCAUCAGUGGUGGAAGCCUUGUGGCAUACUCUGAUGCAACACAGCCACAUGAUAGCAUCAAGAGUCAAGACCUCACCAGUGUCUCUCACAAGAAAAAAAAAGUGGUGGUACUUGGAACAGGUUGGGCUGGAACUAGUUUCCUGAAGAAUCUGAAAGAUCCCUCAUAUGAUGUUCAGGUGAUAUCACCACGCAAUUACUUCACUUUUACUCCCUUGCUGCCAAGUGUAACAUGUGGCACAGUUGAAGGACGCAGCAUUGUUGAACCGAUUCGUAACAUUAUCAGAAAGAAAAACGUAGAUAUGCAUUACUGUGAAGCUGAAUGUAUCAAGAUUGAUGCGAAGAACAAAAAAGUAUAUUGUCGAUCUAAUUUGAACACCAAUUUGAAUGGGAAAGAAGAGUUUGCGGUCGAUUAUGACUACCUUGUGAUUGGCAUUGGAGCUCGGGUAAAUACUUUCAAUAUUCCUGGUGUGGAAGAACAUACAUUUUUCUUGAAGGAAGUGGAGGAUGCUCAGAGAAUCCGGAGGGCUGUAAUUGACUGCUUUGAGAGAGCGAGUCUGCCUAACCUUACUGAUGAAGAGAGGAAAAAGAUUCUUCACUUUGUUAUUGUUGGUGGUGGCCCAACAGGUGUGGAAUUUGCAGCACAACUCCAUGAUUUUGUUAGUGAAGAUGUUGUAAGGUUAUAUCCCAAGGUCAAGGAUUUUGUGAAGAUUACACUGGUUGAAGCAACAGAUCAUAUAUUGAAUAUGUUUGACAAGAGAAUCACAGCUUUUGCUGAAGACAAGUUUGGGAGGGAUGGAAUUGAUGUGAAAACAGGAUCUAUGGUUGUGAAAGUGUCAGAUAAGGAAAUAUCUACAAAAGAUGCUAAACGUGGAGACGUAACUUCUACACCUUAUGGAAUGAUUGUUUGGUCAACUGGAAUUGGGAGUCGUCCUGUAGUAUUGGAUUUUAUGAAGGAAAUUGGUCAGGGACAAAGACGUGUUUUAGCAACUGAUGAGUGGCUGAGAGUUGAAGGGUGUGAUACCAUAUAUGCAAUUGGGGACACUGCCACAAUUAAUCAACGUAAAGUUAUGGAGGAUAUUGCGGCUAUAUUUCAAAAGGCAGACAAAGACAACUCUGGGACACUAACCGUAAAAGAAUUUCAAGAGGUGCUCAAUGAUAUAUGUGAAAGGUACCCACAAAUGGAGCUCUACUUGAAGAACAAUCGGAUGAGUGGUCUGGUUGAUUUGAUGAGGGAAGGAAAAGGUGGUGAUGUUAAAGAAUCUAUUGAAAUUGACAUUGAAGAAUUUAAAGCAGCCCUCUCCAAAGUAGAUUCUCAGAUGAAGAAUCUUCCUGCCACAGCUCAGGUUGCAUCUCAACAAGGUGUGUACCUUGCUAAUUGCUUUAACCGCAUGGAGAUGUGCGAGAAGAAUCCAGAGGGUCCUAUUCGAUUUAGAGGCGAAGGACGUCACCGUUUCCGUCCUUUUAGGUACAAGCAUUUUGGACAAUUUGCACCACUAGGAGGAGAGCAAACAGCAGCACAAUUGCCAUGGGAUUGGGUUUCAAUUGGUCGCAGUUCACAAUGGUUGUGGUAUUCGGUGUAUGCUAGCAAACAAGUGAGUUGGCGUACAAGGGCAUUGGUGGUGUCAGACUGGAUGAGGCGAUUCAUUUUCGGGAGGGACUCCAGCCAAAUCUAGCCAAUCAUUCAGACCCUGUUUGAUAGUUCCUCCUUCCUUGCAGUUUUCAGCUUAUACUUCCCUGUUUUGCAGCAUUAGGAUUGCCAAAAUUUGGAGCAGAGAUAGAUAUUAAUAGUAAAAUAAAAUAAUAAUAUACCUGCAAUAAUCCUUGAUGUUCCUGUAUGUUAAGUUUCAAGUUUCUUGAGGCUCACGGUUAACUUUACUUCAUGUUAGCCAAAAGUUUAUGCUGGGAGACUCUUUACUUAGAUACGACAUGGUGGAAAGCCAUCUUUUCUUUAUUUGAACUACGUAAUUUUCCUGUCAGAAUUUGCACUAUAUAUAUAAAUUUCUUGUCAGGUUGUCACUCACUACCCAUAUACGAAGUAUGAAGUGGCUAGAGCCCUUUUUGUAACAUUGAAAUUGUCUCAUUGAAAUUGUCUGAAUUUAUUAAGUGGC